AUAAAGUUUUGUUUGGGUUAUACCUUUAAACAUCGGCUGAAUGCAAUCUGUAUGACAGAAACUUUGAGCGUCUAUUGUUUUUCAGAUUUUUAUCUGAAGAGGAAGCUGAUAAUGCAAAUGAAGACCGCGCAUUAGCUUUGAAAAACUCUUCAAAUUCAAAUGCUUGAUAACUGUUGUCUAAUAGGUGUGGUUUCGAAAUCUAUAAGGAUUAUAAAAUGAAUCUCACUGCCUCUAACCGUUUAAAAUAAUAAUGAGAUUGUGAAUCGAAAACUAUCCCUUCAUUUUCUUUAAAUAUAAAAUAUAGUCUGUAUAACAUAAUAUUUAAGGAAGUGUAAACUCUAAAAUCGUGGUUUAGGCAAUAUCUUUGUAUCAUUUUGAGGAGUAGUAAUUUUAUUGUAUUGAAAAUAUGUCACAAUUUUUUUUUAUUAACCUUCUUUUUUAUCAGAUAUUAUUUAUCCAUUCUUUACCAAAUUUUAUCAUAUUCUUAGCUGAUGAUCUGGGUUAUGGGGAUAUAGGAUGUUUCGGUAAUAAUUCAAUUAAUACUCCAAAUAUUGACAGUCUUGCUGAUAAUGGUCUGAAACUUACCCACCACCUUACUGCUGCAGCAGUAUGUACACCUAGUAGAGCAGCACUUUUAACUGGUCGUUAUCCAGUUAGAACAGGAAUGGAAAGUUCUAAUCGAAACAAGGUAUUUUUUUUUGUUGCUGCCAGUGGAGGUUUACCUGAGAGAGAAAUUACUAUUGCCAAAGCUCUGAAAAAGAAGAAUUAUAAUACAGCAAUAAUUGGAAAAUGGCAUUUAGGGAAUGACUGCAACAGAAAAGGCGAUGCUUGCCACCAUCCACUAAAUCAUGGAUUUGACUACUUUUAUGGUUUACCAUUAUCCAAUUUCAAAGAUCUAGGAAGUGACAAUGAAAGUGUUAUCACUACUUACACACCCAAUUUCUUUUCAUACUUCACAUUACUUCCUAUUUUAGGAAUGACUCUAAGUUUAUACCUUUUUAAGAAUCAUAGAUUUCUUUCAGUUUUUCUUGGAAUUAUAUUAAUAGUUAUUCCAAUCAUCAUUGUCAUGUUUCUGUUAAAUCUGAAGACAAUUAAUGGUAUUUUAAUGGAAAAUACAGAAGUAAUAGAACAGCCACUACGCUUGAAAGGUUUGACACAGAGAUUUGUGAAGAAGGCCUUCCAAUUUCUUGAAAAACAAUCUACAGGAAAAUCUCCUUUUUUUCUAUAUAUUCCCUUUGUUCAUGUACACACAGCCUUGUUUUGUUCAGAUAAAUUUUCUGGGAAGAGUAAGCAUGGAAGAUAUGGUGAUAAUAUAGAAGAAAUGGAUUGGGCCAUUGGUCAAAUAAUGGAAAAAGUCCAAAGUCUUGGUCUUCGUAACAAUACUUUUGUGUAUUUUUCAUCAGAUAAUGGAGGGCAUAUAGAGGAAGUAGGAGCAGAUGGACAAAGAGAAGGAGGACAUAAUGGAAUUUUGAGAGGUGGAAAAACAAUGGGUGGCUUCGAAGGUGGAAUUAGAGUUCCUUCAAUUAUUUCAUGGCCUGGUACAGCUUUAAAAGGAGAAAUCCAUCAUACAACAUCACAGAUGGAUAUAUUUCCAACAAUUAUGGAAUUAGCAGGCGUACCUUUACCUGCAGAUCGUAUUAUUGAUGGAAAAUCUAUGAUUUCACUUUUGAAAGGGAAAUCUCAAAAUCUGCAUCAUAUUUUAUUUCAUUAUUGUGGCAAAUUGAUACAUGCAGCAACUUAUAUUCAAAAUGAUGAUCAAAAGAUAUGGAAAAUACACUGGACCACACCCAAAUUCAUGCCUGGAACAAGUCAAUGUGAAUAUGUAUGUCACUGUUAUGGGGAUUUUGUUGUUCAUCACAAUCCUCCACUUCUAUAUGAUCUUCAGCAUGAUCCAUCCGAGUCAAAUCCAAUAAAAAUAGCAUCUAAUCCUAAAUAUUCCAAAAUAAUAUCCACAGUAGAACAAGCACGGGAUGAACACAACUCAACACUAGAAGAAGUGCCGGAUCAAUUCAGUUUUUACAAUGCAGUAUGGAAACCAUGGUUACAACCAUGUUGCAAUUUUCCUUACUGUAAAUGUAAAGAUGAUGAUGAUUAUGACAGCACUUCUUAG